AAUAUCGAACAGAAACAGAGGGAACUCGUCAAAGAGAGACAGGAAAAGGGCACCAAAUGGGAUAAUAGGGUCUUCCAUAGUUUGGGCGAUAACUGGCAUUAUAACAGUCCAUUGACUACAAGGAAAUAAUAGUAAACUUUUGUAACGAAAGUUAAGUGAAAUGAAUAAUGAAUUAUAUUUCUAUGCAUUCUCUCCGUAAAGUUGACACUCGUUUUGCACUGACUCUUGGGUUUUGUCGAUAAAACUUACAGUACUGUACAGUACAUGCUAUCAUAUCUAGUAUAAUGUAAAUGUUUUAUAUUUUAAAUACCGUUUUUAAUUUUGUACGUUAAAAAUCUUUAAUACGAAUUUCAAUAUUUGGGGACAAAAAAUCAAUUGACCGUAAUAUAAGCCCCACUCAAGACAUAACCAAGUGUUUGGUCAAUGCAUUGCGUUUUUCAAAUUUACAAUUCGGG